AUUCACAGACACUCUCGUCAUCGGACCAUCCUAUAAUGGCUCUUGAUACACCUAGACAGGUUCGCCGAAGACGCGCACUGGCGCCUAGUGUCGUGGCUGAGGUUAAUAAUACAAACCAAUUUUGCAGCCUCCCACUCGAGAUACUCUAUAUGAUCUUCUCAUACCUCAGUUUCCUAGAUAUUCACCCUUUGCGCCUUACUUGCCGACUAUUUUUCACCGAGCGUAUGUCAGCCGGCUCAAAAGUGCGGACCUUCGUACGAUCAGGACGGACCUUUCCCGGCAUCAUGUGCAGCAAUUAAUGAGACUCAGCGAAAGAAAGGCACUAGCUGUCAGAGAAUUGUCAAUCUGCAGUUUUUCUGGUAGGCCCCUAGGUCUCGGAUGCAGCGUUCCUCAUUCGUGUCCCGGGGAGUUACAGGUCUCAGAAAACCUGGAAACUGCUCUGGAAAGGCUCAGGAAUUGUCAGACACUUCGUGUAUCUGUGGCGGGGAUCAAAACUGCUGGCUAUGGACCAGCCUGGCUGGGAGCUGUCGACGCGACACUUACGGUCUUGGAGGUGUUCUCCCAGGCCGGAAUUCCACUAAAAUCAAUUGAGAUGGAUUUCAGGACAGAUGACGCAGCUGCACUGCUACAUGAUGGUUUCAAGCACCGUGAUUACAAUGACAUUCCUUUCUCGCCGUUCGGUUACGAUAGAUUACUGAUAAAGGAUGUCUCUCUCAGUCUCAACGCCAGUAUAGCGGGAAAUAGUGACCUGUGCCGGCGCAUCUUUUCUCCUCUAUGGGUCAGAAAGGCAAAAAUGGUCUCCCUUGACUUUGGAAAUAGUUACGGAGGACGGUGUGUUCUUGACUUUCUCUGUCAUGAUAAGAGAUUUCGUGCCAGAUAUAUCUCUGUAUUAAAACUACGCGGCGCUGCGGGGAUGUGCUUCUCCAAGUUCGCGAAAAAGCUACAUUCCCAUCAUACCUCCUUGCGGAUUUUGAGCAUGGAAAACGUUCGCUUCAAGCGAUGUGACUGGCCGAGCCUUCUACACCAACUGAGGACCGAUUUCCAUCAUUUACGAGAGCUGCACCUUACAUUCCCGGUGGAAAAAGACUCUAUGUUCGCCCACGAUUGGAGGUGGAAGAGGAGAUACCGCGACCCUCAGUUCAAGGUGACUUACAAUGGGCCGAGAAAGAAUGGGGUCGUUACUGCUCUUGAAGAGUUGGCUGAUGGAGACCCUCUGUUAAUCCGAGAUUGAAGUCAAACCAAGAAUGACCUGGAGUACCUUUCUGUUUGCCAGCCAAUCUUUCAGUUGUCACUUUCCUCGCGAACCUGACACCAUAUGGUAUGGAUGACUGAGAAUAUUAUUAAUUUGAAUCGAUAAUGGUGUUAGUUAGAAAAAUCGCCCCAAUGUGGGAUUGAUAUACUCUCAAGCUGCGUAACAUAUUACCUACUAAACCUGUUGUGUUAAUAUUCACAGCUGCGCUUACCUGAUGCGCCCCCU